AUGUCCAUAGCCCUCAAGCAAGUUUUUAAUAAGGACAAGACAUUCCGUCCCAAACGCAGAUUUGAACCUGGGACCCAGAGGUUUGAGCUCCAUAAACGAGCACAGGCCUCGCUGAACUCGGGAGUGGACCUGAAAGCAGCCGUGCAGCUGCCCAAUGGAGAAGACCUAAACGACUGGGUGGCAGUUCACGUGGUUGACUUUUUCAACAGGAUCAACCUGAUCUAUGGAACUAUCUGUGAGUUCUGCACAGAGAGGACCUGCCCGAUGAUGUCUGGGGGCCCUAAGUAUGAGUACCGGUGGCAGGAUGACUUGAAGUACAAGAAGCCCACUGCAUUGCCAGCACCCCAGUAUAUGAACCUUCUCAUGGACUGGAUCGAGGUGCAGAUCAACAAUGAGGACAUAUUCCCUACUAGUGUGGGUGUUCCCUUUCCAAAGAACUUCCUUCAGAUCUGCAAGAAGAUCCUGUGCAGGCUGUUCCGGGUAUUCGUUCACGUCUACAUUCAUCACUUCGACCGCAUCAUCAUCAUGGGAGCUGAGGCCCACGUCAAUACCUGUUACAAGCACUUUUAUUACUUUGUAACAGAGCUCAAUGUCAUAGACCGCAAGGAGCUAGAGCCUUUGAAAUAUCCUCCGUACCCUUUGGCCCAGAAGAAUCUCAAACCAAGAUCCGUUGACACAGUCAGCCAAGAGGAUAUGAGCACCAUCAUUGCUAGGAGGCGUUGGAGAUGGAUUGGCCAUGUGCUUCAGAUGGAAAUUGAUUCCAUCACCAGAGUAGCAAUAAGAUGGACACCUGAAGGCAAGCGAAAACGAGGCCACCUGAAAACAGCAUGGCAAAGAGCUGUGGAAGCCGAGCUGAAAAACCAGGGGCACAGCUGGGGAACCAUUGAAAGACUUGCCAGAAACAGACAGGAGUGGAGGAACUUCAUCGCUGCCCUAGCUGCCACAGGCGUAAUGGGAACAUGA